GGUAUGAAAUUGAAGAGCCAGUUAACUGGAAUAGAUGGAUGCCGGCGAGGAUCAGCUAUUGUGUAGAACACAAUCACACACUGGAAUUCAUUGUGCGGUUUAAAAAAUACAACACCAGAACAAACGGCUUCUGGAUAGACGAACUAAUCUUGAAUGACGAGGACAAAAACAAAGCAGGGCAAGAGGGAUGCAGUUUGGCUUUACUCCCAUCGGUAAAAACCUCAGUGACAUGUGAUGGUUCCGUCCUGAGCCCCCUGCUUCCUCCCAUGUUUUGUGGCUGGAGCCUGAAUAGCAGUGACAACUUGCAAGCCGCGAUACAACCGGAAAUUGGCUUUGAAAUGAGCGAUAUGCUGGUACAGGGGACCAAUGUGCUGACCUAUCGGCUCGCUCCUAACAGCCAUAACUCAUGGAUUGAGCUACGGAGUCCGAAAAUUACCGCCAAUUACAACGGACGGUUGAUGAUAUGGUACCUGCCCCGGAGACAGCCGUUUUGCAUUCAGACAAGAGCGUUGUAUAGCCGCGGCGGUAGGCCAGUUUCCUUGCCUUCUGGCACUGUACCUUGCGGUCGCAAGGCCGUUCGCUGGCAUAGACUGGAUAUUACUUUUCCCAAGGAAUUGCAAAAUUAUAUCAUACAGGUUCAGUUACGGAUCAUUUUCUCCUAUAGCAAGCGAUAUCAAGACGGUCGCCUACAGUCUGAAAAAUCGGAUUUUUCCAUACUUCAAGGUACCAACCCGACCGCCAAAUCGACCGCCUACCAGGCUUUGGUAAUGAUUUAA